AGAGAGAAACGAGGAGAGAAAGCAAGUGCACCCAGCAACAUCACUGCUUCCCCGUAUACAGACGGUCAUUGUUUUGUAAAUUAUGUAAAAAUAACAGUGGACAGAACUGUGUUUGCGUCAUGUUGCACUGAAUCGUCUGCACGAGGGGAUGUAAUCAAAAUACAAUUUGAGCAGCACAUCAAUGGGACUUGAAUUGUAACGACUUUAUCAAAUCAGACUGAUUCGACGUUGAGGAUUUGUGAGCCUGGAUUUAACGACGUGACCAAAUCAAGGGAGCGACACAUCGAAUGGUAAAGGAGCAGUCCACCCUUAACAACAACAGGCUCAUAAGCAAACGUGGUCCCAGAGAUUGUGUAUUUUAAUAAUAGAGAAUGUUAUCCUGUAAACCUUGCUGAGAGACGGCAGGGUCCUUGUCUGGUACUUCAGCGACAACGGAAUUUAUUCUCUCAGCCGACAGCACGCUGGAUGUCGCAUAUGGGGUGCAACUGGUGAUCCCUUGACUGCCACCUGGAGGGAAGGAGUGUAAGAAGGAGUGCAACACGGACAGAGACAGGUUGGAGAGAGCUCUGUUGUCACCGGUUGUGCCUAUUGCGAGGCUUGCUGGUGAGGAAGGGCCUGAGGGAGGGAGGGAGAUGGAGAAGAGGAAAGAAAGAACUGAGAAGUAGACAAAAGAAUACCAUUGAAAAAGGAGGCGGUGGUCAGUGCAUAAAGUGUCUUCAUACACCCACCAAUGCUGUGGUGAGUCUUGAACUGCGAACAACAGAGACGGACGGACAGAGAAAGACGGAUAACAACAAGACGCAGGAGGGGGCGAAGAGGAAGAGGGUAGAGGACGUUCCUCUGGGCGGACUAAGACCAAGACCAAGACGGAGCGGCACUGGCUCUGGCACGGGCGCGCAGGGAAGGCAGGCGGCACUGGAAGGGCUCGUCCUCGGCUCCUCGUUCCGUUGGGGUGUGCUGGAGGCGCGCGGGCAACCGCUCCGCUAAGGACGGGGAGAGACGGGGGCUGACGGAGCGUCCGAGGAGGGGUGGCGGAGGAGGAGUGGGCGGAGGGGGAGGCAGAGGAGGAGGAGGAGGAGGAGCUCACAUCCCAGCAGCAUCAGGACCGCCGUCGCCGCCACAGAGCAUCGGCGUCUCCCAUGGCGACCGACCCCGGAGAGCCCACGGCCACCGAGGACUCCUCGGAGAAACCUGAUGGAGGCCGGGGAGGGGGCCGCGGCGGUGGAGGGGGAGGGGGAGGAGGCGCUGGUGGAAGAGCUGGUGGAGCAGGAGGAGCGGAAGAGGAGGCUGAGCAGGGAGGUCGCGGAGGAGGCGGGAUGGAAGGCUCGGCGGCUGCCAUGGUACGGGAGAGAGAGCGCACGCGGAGCACCCCCUCCGACUUCCCCUCCUCCCAGACGCAGGAGAGGAGGGCCGGGCCUGGGGCCGGAGCCGGGGCCGGUGGGAGGGCCGCCUCAGGGGGAGGAGAGGACGGAGGACAAAACAACAACAACACUGCUGCUACCGCUGCUUCUGUCGGGACAGGAGGAGCACAGGAGGCGCCCGCUCGCACAGCACGCUCGCUCUCCUUCUCCACGCCUUCAUCACCCACCUCCUCCUCAUCCUCCUCCGCCUCCGCACAUCACCACCACCACCACCAUCACCAGCACCCCCACCCCCACCACCACCACCACCACCACCAUCACCACCACCACCACCAGCAGCUUCAGCAGCAGCAGCAGCAGCAGCAACCGCAGGGCGGGCGGCUGAGGCGCGAGAAGCGCUUCUUCCGCAAGAGCGUGGAGAUCUGCGAGGAGGAGGACGAGCCGGAAGACUUGGCCACCGCCGCUGCUGCUCUCGCUGCCACGGCCUCCACGGCCUCCAGCGGAGGCUCCCUGCCCGACACCCCGCAGAGCGCGCCACCCCACCUCCAGCUCCGCACUUCAGACUCCGUCUUCACCUCCUCGGGCGAGACACCUCCUCAGCUCCCAGCCAGCGCCUACGCGGUGGGAGGAGGAGGUGGCGGUGGUCAGGACACAGGAGCAGGCGGAGGAGGUGCCGGUGGUGUCGUAGCAGGCGAGGCGUCCACGUUACAGGACAAGGCUGCUGGGGGAGGAGCAGGGGGAGCGGGGGUGUCUCUGUCCCCCUCGUCCUCGGCGUCCGCGCCUCACAAGGCCAAGGAGGAGCGCGAGGAGCAGGAGGAGGAGGCGGAGAUGAAGGCGGUGGCCACCUCGCCCGGCGGCCGCUUCCUCAAGUUUGACAUCGAGCUGGGCCGCGGCGCCUUCAAGACUGUCUACAAGGGCCUGGACACCGAGACCUGGGUGGAGGUGGCCUGGUGUGAACUCCAGGACCGCAAACUGACGAAGGCGGAGCAGCAGCGCUUCAAGGAGGAGGCGGAGAUGCUGAAGGGCCUGCAGCACCCCAACAUCGUGCGCUUCUACGACUCCUGGGAGUCCGUACUCCGUGGCAAGAAGUGCAUCGUCCUCGUCACCGAACUCAUGACAUCGGGGACCCUAAAGACCUAUCUGAAGCGCUUCAAGGUGAUGAAGCCCAAGGUGUUGCGCAGCUGGUGUCGUCAGAUCCUGAAGGGGCUCCACUUCCUGCACACGCGGACGCCGCCCAUCGUCCACCGCGACCUCAAGUGCGAUAACAUCUUCAUCACCGGGCCCACAGGCUCAGUCAAGAUCGGAGACCUGGGCCUCGCCACGCUCAUGAGGACCUCCUUCGCCAAGAGUGUUAUAGGCACUCCUGAGUUUAUGGCUCCUGAGAUGUAUGAGGAACACUAUGAUGAGUCUGUGGAUGUCUACGCCUUCGGAAUGUGCAUGUUGGAGAUGGCCACCUCGGAAUACCCGUACUCGGAAUGCCAGAACGCUGCUCAAAUCUACCGCAAAGUCACCAGCGGUAUCAAGCCGCAGAGUUUUGACAAGGUGAACGACCCUGAGAUUAAGGAAAUCAUCGAAGGCUGCAUCCGCCAGAACAGAACAGAGCGUCUGUCCAUCAAGGACCUGUUGAACCACGCCUUCUUCGGGGAGGACACGGGGGUGCGCGUGGAGCUGGCGGAGGAGGACACGGGCUGCCAGGACUGCCUGGCGCUGCGCAUCUGGGUGGAGGAGCCCAAGAAACUCAAAGGAAAACACAAGGACAACGAGGCCAUCGAGUUCAGCUACGACCUGGAGAACGACAGCGCCGAGGAGGUGGCCCUGGAGAUGGUGAAAUCGGGGUUCUUCCACGAGAGCGAUGCCAAGCUGGUCAGCAAGUCUAUCCGCGACCGGGUCACGCUCAUCAAGAAGUCCCGUGAGCGGCGGCUGCAGCAGCUGCAGCAUCAGUUCCCAGGAGGAGUACCCGUAGGAGGAGGUCUUAACCUGGAGGAGAGGAGAGAUUCAGCCUUCACCUCCUCUUCUUACACCUGUUCUCACCCCUCCUGCCCCUCCUCCAUGGGGCCUCCAGUGGCUGGUGGUGGUGCCCCCACCUCCUCCUGCGCGUUUGUCCCAGCCACUGGCGCCACUGCUGGGGGAGCCACGGCAGGCCAUGGGGGCGAGGUGGCGGAGGAGCUUCCGGAGGUGGACCAGCAUGUCAGGCAGCAGCAGGUCCACAGCAAUGCCUCUGGCCUCACAGAAGGGGAGCUGUCUGCAGCAAGCUGUGAGUCCUUCACCAGUGGAACGAACCAAGUGCUGCUACCGCAAGGGGAGUCUGGAACCACGUACGCACCUGUGGCUGCAGCUGCAUCUGCUCAGGCCAGCUUCCCCUCCGCGGCAACUGCAGUGCAGUGUGCAGGGGUUCUGUCCCACCCCCAGACGCUCCCUAUUGGCUCGAGCGGCGGGGAUCCAAAUGUGCCUAUUGGCCAGUGUGCUGGAAUGUCUGGCAUGUCCAUUGGCCAGAGCGGUGGUGGGGCUCCAAACAUGCCAGUGGCUCAUAGUUUCAUUCAGCCAGCCUCUAUGGCCGCGCAGCUCCCACCAAGCGUACUGCAGCAGUAUACUCAGUCCCUGCAGGCAUAUCCGCCUAAUGUGGCUCAAAUCCUCCCCUCACAGUCCAUGGACCCCACCGCCACUGCCACCCCGCACACCUCCAUAGUUCAGUCACAGUCCUACAUCCCCCCAGUCUCGCCACAGGCUCCCAUGGCCAUACUCACAGCCACAGCCCCAGCCAGCGCUGCUGCCGCCGCCGCUCCCAUGUCGGUGGGAGACCCCGCAGGAGUGCUCGGGGGUUCAGGAGGAGGAGGAGGAGGAGGAGGGACGGUCACACCACUGGUGCAGCAGCAGCAGACUCAGCCCAUGCCCACGCCCUUUCCGCACGAAGUGCUCUCCCAGCAAACGCAGCAAGCCAUAGCGCAGCAGCAGCAGCAGCAACAGCAGGCGGUGUUGGAAGCACCCACAGCCUUACUGCAGCACGCGCCUGCAGCCGUGCAGCUUCAAGCUGUUCCGGUGCAGCAGCAGAUAGAACAGACGCAGAGUCAAACUCUGCCACAGACACAGACACAAGGGGCCUCAAUUCAAGCUGCAAAUGUAGGAACAGCGCAGCUCAUGGAGCAGCAGCCUGUGAUGAUGCAGCAGGAACAGCCGCAGCCGCAGCAGUUGCAGCAGAACCACAGCUCAACACAGCAGCAGCAGCAGCAGCAGUCAUAUACAACUGCAGUUCAGCAGCAGCAGCAGCCGCAGCAAGUUCUGGCGCAGACGAUUGAGCCACAGGCUCAGCAGACAUACGUCAUACCACACCCGGGGCUGCCAGCACCUCCACCGCAAGCCAUGCUGCAGCAACAGACAUCCAAUGAACAACUUCAGCAGGCUGUCAUACUGCAGCAGCAGCAGCAUCAGGCAGAGCAACAGCAGCAACAGUCCACCCAACAGCAACAAGCUCUGUUGCUACAGCAACAGAUGGAACAGCAGCAGCAGGCAUUGUUGCUACAGCAACAGCAGCAACAGCAGCAGCAACAGCAAGCCUACCUUCACCAACAACAACAACAGCAACUGCAACACCAACAACAGAUGGAGCAACAGCAGCUACUGCUCCAACAACAGCCACAAGCUGCAACAACGCUGCAACAACCGAUGGACCAGCAAAACCAGACACAGGUUCAACAGCAGAUGGUUCAACAGCAGAUCGAUCAACAGCAGCAAAUACUUAUGCAGCAGCAACAACAGCUUGAGCAACAGCAAAAGCAGGCAUUGCUACAGCAACAACUGGAACAACAGCAGCAACAACAGGCCCUCCUACACCAACAGCAGCUGGAGCAACAGCAGCAAGCUCUCUUCCAGCAGCAACAGUUGGAAAAGCAGCAGCAGCAGCAGCAGGCGCUCUUGCAACAGCAGCAGCAGCAAAUAGAGCAACAACAGCAAGCCGCCUUGCAACAGCAGCUUGAGCAACAGCACCAGGCUUUACUAAAACAACAGCUGGAACAACAGCAGCAGGCACUCUUGCAACAGCAGCGGGAACAGCAGCAGUUGGAGUUGCAGCAGCAGCAACAGCAGCAGGCCCUGCUGCAGCAGCAAAGAGAGCAGCAGCUGCAGCAGCAGGCUCUAAUGCAGCAGCAGCAGGCCCUCUUUCAGCAGCAGAAGCUGGAGCAGCAGCAAGCGCUAUUGAUGCAACAGCAGGCUGAGCAGCAACAACAGCAGCAAGUUCUGUUGCAGCAACAGCAGCAGCAGCAACAACAACAAAUGGAGCAGGCAGCAGCCAUAGUCCAACAGCAUCACAGCGGUCCACAGAGCAUUGAGAAAGCAGAACCUGCACCUGCACCUGCACCUGCACCUGCACCUGUACCUGUACCGGCACAGAUUGCCAGCGAACAGCAGGUGGUCAUUCAGCAACAGAUCGCCCAGCAAUCGGCUUGUGUCUCCCAGCAGCAGCAGAUGAUGCCUCAGCAGCUGCAUACAAGCCUCAAUCAGCAGCAGCAGAUCGAGCAGCAACAGCAGCAGCAGGCAUUAAUACAACAACAGCAACAGGCUCUUCUGUCUCAACAGCAGCAGCAGUUGCAGCAACAGCAGCUUCAGCAGCAGCAGCAACAACAACAACAGCAACUUCAGCAGCAACAACAGCAGCAGCAGCAGCAACAGCAGCAUAGAACGUCGUUAGGCGAGUCCCAGAUCCUUGGUGUAGUGCAGGCAACCGCAGAGGUCCCAACACAAGUGCCAGUAGCGGUUCAGGCACCCCCGGCUCAAGUGCAAGCUCAGAUUCCUCUCCCGGCUGCUGUACAGCCUCAAAUCCAGGCAGUACCAAUGCCAGCCCACGGUGAGGCGCAUGUCCAGAACCAACAAGGGGGAGCUGCUUCUUCCCAGGUACAGGUGCCUACCACCUUUGUACCCACCCAGCCGCAAGCCGUGCCUCAGACAAUUCCCACUGCCGUGCCGCAGCCGCAGGUGAGCCAGCCUACUCAGGUUGUUCUCCCCCAGGCUACACAAGUGCCGGCAACCAUGCAGAGUCAACUGACCAUGCAGCAGCAGCAGCAGAUGCAGGCUCAGGCGUUUGCUCAUGCCCAGGUACUCGCUCAGAUGCGGGCUCAAGUGCGGCCCAUUGCCCCUAUCCCGGGCCCGACGGUUCAACCGGAGCUGACGGUGACGUCCACCGUGCCGACCCAAGGUCAGGCACAGACACAGCCACAGGUCCCUGCUGUGCCGCUGUCAGCUUACUCCCAAGGGGCUCAGCCGGUGCAGUCAACCACUCAGACGGUCCAGUCCGACCUGUCUCAAUCUACGACGCUACAGCCGCCGGUGGUGCAGUACCAACAGGUGAUGCUUUCUCCGGGAGCCGUAGUUGCGGUGGUUACCUCGGCACCCACGGUUGGUCCUGCCUCCAUGGCAACAACCCAUCAAUUCACACCACAGAAUAGUCAGGUACACAUGCAGAGCCAGGCCCAGAUGCCGGUUCAGCAGGCACAGCACAUACUGCAACCAGGCCAGCAUCAGGCCAUCAACACAGGCAUGCAGCCAGUGGUACAGCCCAUACCUGUAGUAGCUCCGCAGUACGAGGCUCAGCAGCAGCAACUGCAGCUGCAACAGCAGCAGUUGCAGCCACAGCCAGUUCAGUCGAUGCCACAACAACAGCAGAUGCACCAGACUGCUACUGCAGCACCAGUGCAGACAUUCAUGCAACAGCAGAAGAGUGUCCCCACACAGCAGGCCAUAGUCCCACAAGAUCCAAGUCAGAGUCAGCUGCCCAGACAGCCUCAGCCCAUUGCACAGACAGCAUCUCAGCCUCAGGCUCCCACACAGACCAUGACCCCAGCCCCACCCAGGGUUCUUCCCCUGUACAGUCAGGUUGUCGCGGGCCCUCCACCACUACCUUCCCCUCAGCAGCAGGCCCCUAGGGCCCCACUGCCAGCCCACAUGCAUGCCCAGAUGACACCCAAUCAGCCACAGGCCCAAUUCCACACCCACACCCAGACCCCCAACCAGGCCCAGGCGCAUUCCCACACGCAGACGCACAUCGUGGCCGAAGCAGCAGGAGCAGCCAAUCAGACGCUGUAUUCACAUGUGGCCUUCCCACCUCUGCAGAUACCCCAAAGUCCGACAGGUGUCCCUGCCACCUCCACAGCCACCACUACCGCCGCUGCUUACCUGCCCACCUCUGCCGUUCCUGCCCCGCACCCUACCACCUCUCUCCCUGCCCCCGAGUGCCCGGCGCCAGUUGGUGUACCUGUAACUGUGCCCUUACCUGUGCCUGUACCUGCACCCAUAACUGUUCCCGUGACCCAGCUUGGGGUGAUGGACAUCCCCACCUCCCCGCCUCCUGUCACUGCUUUCCAGACCCUUGGCUCUAACGGUCCCUUGCAGCCCCCUACCUCUCUCGCAGAAUGCGAGCCCACUCUGCUGGGUAUUGCUCAGGAGGCACAAGGACAGUCUGCCGGCAAGCACUCCUCAUCAGGCUCCGCUCCAGCCAGUGGAGAAGAAUCUCUCCAACUGUUGGCUAAUGGGAAGCUGGAUAGGUUGAAGCAGCAGAGGAGAGCGUCUUAUCAGAGGCCAGACAAAACAACUCACUACCAGCUAGCCAUGCUCCAGGUGUCCAACACUGGAGACAACAUGGUGGAAUGCCAGCUUGAGACUCACAGCAACAAAAUGGUCACCUUCAAGUUUGACGCCGAGGGUGACGCUCCAGAAGACAUCGCUGAUUAUAUGGUGGAAGAGGACUUUGUCCUUGAUACAGAGAAGGAGAAAUUUGUGGAGGACCUGAGGACCAUCGUAAAGAAAGCGCUGGAAAUCCUUCCAACCCAGUCACAGGCGGGGUCAAUGGAACAGUUGCAUGUGAACACUCCAGCAAGUUCAACAAUGGACUCGGCCCCGCAGUCAUCUCCUGUAGGCCGCUGGCGAUUCUUCAUCAACCAGACCAUCCGGCAUCGUGACUCCCAGUCCACACAGGGUGCCUCCACGCCUCCACCUGCUGGGGAACGCCACUCAUCACAGCCUGCUGAUUCUGACAAAGAUCGUGAGGGAUCGCAGCGCUCUGAGUCCUUCUCUGGCAUGGCCUGUCCUCCUUGCCCCAUGCUAACAGCCACCUCUCCUCCGGUCUCCGCCUUGUCUGCUCCUGCCUCCAUGUCUGUUCCAACCACCGCCGCCUCUGCUGCUGACACUGCUGCCUCUACCCCUGAGUCCACCUCCGCCUCUGCUCCGACCUCUACAGUAGCUCACCACCACCUGCCCCAGGCUUCAGCCGUCCCCGAGAUACCGGCCGUUGUGGCCAUGGCAGCACACAGUGACCAGGCUGCUGUCGCUGCUGCGAGUGCAGGCUUAGCCCAGGUCGUGCCGGCUGCUGUCGUCUUGCCCAGUCAGGCUAUGGUCCCAGUCAGCAGUGCCCCUCUGCCCGUCUCUGAGGCCGUGGUCACGCCCGCGUCUAGUGUAGGCUCCUCCAUAGGGCUAGGGGUGGCUGACGUGGCCCCAGGCCAGUGCAUGUCAGAAGGGGAGCAGCGUACGUCACUGUCCUCCUCCUCCAGUCAUGCACCUUCUCCAGCUCCCCCUGUCAGCCACAGUGGGUCCCAGCUAGAGCGCACUCAAGCCCAGCUGCAACCUCAGACACAGGUCCAGCCCCAGCCCCAACCCCAGCAACAACAGAGCGUCCAAACAGUCCCUUUGCCUGUGACUGUCCUGGAUCAGCAGGCUGCCUAUGCUCAGCAACAAGCUGCAGCUGCAGCCGCAGCAGCACAGCAACUUCAGAUGCAACAGCAGCUACUGUUGCAGCAACAGGUCCUGCAGCAGCAGCAACAACCGCAGCAGCAGCAGCAAGCUAUUCAGCAGCAGCAAGCUAUUCAGCAGCCGCAACCAGUGCCGCCUGUUCAGCCUCAGACUCAGCCCAGUCUACCAGGGGCCCAGAUGAAGCCUGUGGUGCCCCAGGAGCUUGUGCCACAGACACAGUACGCCACUCCCAUGCAGAUGCAGCAGCAGCAGCAGCCAUUGCUGCAGCAAGCUCUGCCGCAACAAGCGUCAACAGCCGCCGUUCAGCAGCCUGUACCAGUUCCUGUUCCUGUUCAAGUUCCAGCACCUGUUCCAGUUCAACAGCAGCAGCAGCAAGUCCCCGUUGCACUAGCUCAGCCACUGGCACAGCCACAGCCACAGACCCAGUUGCAGCAGCUGCAGCCUCAAUUGCAGCAGCUGCCUCCCGUAGAGCAACUGCAGCAGGUCCAGCAGCAGCAGCAGCAGCAGCAGCAGCAGCAGCAGCAGGCGAUGGCGCUACAGCAUCAGGCAGAGAUCCUUCAUCAGCAGGCAGUCCAGUCCACCACACAGCAGCCGCAGCCGCAGUUGCAGACACAGCCGCAGCUCACACAGCCGCAGCUUUUGCAACCACAGCUGCAACCCCAGAUACAGCAGUUUGUGCAGGAGGCCCAGCCGCUACCCAGGGCACCAGUGCAACAGGCCACCAUGCAGCAGGUGCCCAUGCAGCAGCAAGUGGCACUGGAGCAAACUCCCCAACACAUAAUGCAGGCUCCUCCAGUGCCCCUGGCCCAGCCCUUGGCUACAAUUGAGCAGCAGCCACAACAACAACAACAACAGCAGCAGCAGCAAGCCAUGGCUUCAGUUCCAGCUCCAGCUCCAGCGACCCAGGCUCCGCUGCAGAAGCAGCCCUCCUUCCCGCAGUCGGAGUCGGAGCUCUCCACGGGCGAGGCGAGCAUCACGGACGACACCUCCGCGGGCUACUACCACACCUCGCAGGUGCCGCCGUCCUCCUCCGACGCCUCCCUCCCCCCACUGUCCCUCAGCUCCUUUGAGGCCCCCCCUCCCUCCACCACCCUGACCCACACGCUCACCCCCUCCCCGGUCCAGCCCUCCUCCGUGGCCGAGUCGGACAGCGAGGGCCCCCCCAAAAUCGAGUUUGUGGACAACCGCAUCAAGACGCUGGACGAGAAGCUGAGGAACCUGCUCUACCAGGAGCACAGCGGUGGGACUAGCAGCGGGGGAGGGAGUGGGGGCGGGGCAACGGCCUCAGGUUCCGUUGCCCCCGGCAAUGCCUCCUCCUCGUCGACCGGAGCACCGGCCUCCACGGCGGCGCUCUCGGCCUCGGCGGGCGGGGAGGAGUCGUCUUCGGAACCCCACUCUCUCCCCUCGGCCGCUGCCAUCGCUCCCUGCUCCUCCUCCUACCCCGCAGCCACCACCUCCAUCUCCACCACCUCCUCCGACACCUCCCCUCACUCCUCCACCUCCAGCACCUCCUCCACCACCCCACGCUCCUCCUCCACCUCCCCCGACCUGGACAGGGCCCGCACAGCAGAGGAGGCGCCAACGGCUGCGGUCUCGGCCUCGGCCAGCCUCGCUCCUCCUGCUGCCCCUGUGGAGCACCAGCCUCCCCCUUCCUUCUCCUCCACCUCCUCCUCCACCCCUCCCUGCUCCCUCCUGUCUGCUCCCUCACAUGGACAGGCUGCUCAGCCUCCUGCUCCUCAUCCUCCUCCUCCUCCCAGUGAACCCACUGUCCCCGCUGCCCCCUCCCUCUCUGACAGGAGUGCCCCAGAAGACUCGUCAUGGCCCUCGGCCUCCACGCCGCCAUCUUCCCAGCUGGUCCCCAUCGGCACCGGAGACCCGUCGCUGCAGCAGCACAAUGCAGGAGGUGGAUAUUUUGGCCUAAACCUGACAUGUCCUAGUAUCAGAAAUCCUGUUAGCAAGAAAUCCUGGACUCGCAAAUUCAAAAGCUGGGCGUGCAAACUGCGUCACUCCGCCAGCUUGUUCAAGAAGCCCAGAGUCCAGCAAGAUGGGAGUUCCAGUGGCCAGGCGAGGGAAGAGGGAGAGAGCGCCGGCCAGGCCCCUCAACAGUCCCGCCGUGGACGAUUCCAGGUGACUCCAGUGCCCCAGGUGUCGGAGCCGUCUCCCCCCAGCGAGGCUCCAGGCAGCGGGGGAAGCACGCACAGGAAAGUGGGGCGCUUCUCGGUCACCCAGCAGGCCGAGGCCAAGGAGGCUGAGUGCUUGACGGACAGCUCGCCCGUCUCGCCCGACCUGGAGCUGGGGGAGCGGCGGAGGGCUAAGGGGCACGGGGAGAGGGGCGACAGGGGUGAGAGAGGCGACCGGGAGGAGGGCAAGAGGACGCCGGCGCCCCCACAUCCUCACCCCCACCACCACCACCACACCCACCCCGCCAGGUCCCACGCCCACGCCCACUCACCACUCGUCAGCAGCGACGAUGAGAGCGAACUGGAGGACGAGGAGCUGCGCAGGGAACUGCACAAGCUCCGAGAAAAGCACAUCAAAGAGGUGGUGUCUCUGCAGGCUCAGCAGAAUCGUGAGCUGCAAGAGCUCUACAAGCAGCUCCGCUCCCUGAAAGACACGCGCCAGCCCCUGCCCUCCUCGCUGUCGCGCACGCCCCCUCUGCCCUCCUCCGCAAUGGCCCCCGCCAUCUCCCCACGCCGCCCCCGCCCCGGCAAGACCAAGAUGAGGCCCAGGCCGCACUCUCACCUCGACAACAACGGUGUCACGCACGCAGGCAUCCAGCAGUCUAGUAGCUUCCCAGCAGGGGAGCAGGCCAACCAGGCCCCUGCCCAGCCCUCGGCCAAUAAGAAGAGCACAUUCACAGAUGAGUUGCACAAGCUGGUGGAUGAUUGGACGAAAGAGACGGUGGGUGCUACCCCACCCAAGCCCUCGCUCAAUCAGAUCAAACAGAUCCAGCAGGAGCAAGACUUAGGGGGCUGGAACCAACCUGCUGAGAUUCAGCAGAUUCAGACGCCCGGCCCGCCAGGCUGGUUCCCCGUGGCUCCACUGAACCCGCAGCCCGUUCCAGCCAGCACCGGCCUCCCCAGCACCCCCCCACACUACUCCAGCGCAGCCCACCACCACCACCACCACCUCCAUCACCAGCCUCAGCAUCAGCACCAUCAGCCCCACCAAGCGCAUCCCCAUCCCCAGUCUCCUGUGCCUGUGGUGUCCCCCAUACAGCACCCUCCUCCACAUGGCCUGCACCAGCACCAACACCAACACCAACACCACCAUCUCCCACCACUGCAGCCGCUGCCCUUCCAGGCCCCUCUUGCUGCUCCUCCCGUUGUUGCUGCUACUCCUACUCCACCUCCACAGCCCCUACACCACAUGCAGCACCUCCAGCUGCGGCCCUGCUCUCUGGCCCUGGGCCAGACCACGCCCACGCCCAGCACCACCCCUGCCCCAACCCUGCAACCCUUGCAGAUGCCCGCGCAGAUGCCAGCCUUACCCAUCACCGGUGUGCCUGUCAGCAGGCAGCCAGCGCCACCGCAAGUAACCCACUGCUGCACCACCUCCUCUUCCUCCUCCCCCGCCACCUCCUCCUCAUGCGCCUCCACCUCCUCCAUGGCUGCUUCCUCCACACAGGCCUCCGUGUCUGCUGCGGCCCUCAUGCCCACCGCGGGCUCCUCCUGUGUGGCCGCUGCUGCAGCAGGGGGGGUGGUUAGCACCUCCUCCACCCUGGCCUCCUCUGGGGUGGGUAUAAGCCUCUCCCUAUCCUCCUACUCCCAGGCUGCAGCCUUCUGCACCUCCAACACCACCACCACCACCUCCUCCUCCUCUGCUGCCUCUUGCUGCUCCUCCUCUUCCGCCUCCUCCUGCUCCAACACUGCGCUGCCUUCCUGUGCCAAAUUACACCCCACGCCCCCCACCUCCACCCUCUCACUGGGACAGCAGUGAACACACUCUUAGUAACCCCCACCUCCUCCACCCUCCCAUAGGGACAGUGGACACCCACCACCUCCUCCCUCUCACUCGGACAGCAGUGAACACUCCCAGUAACAACCACCUCCACCCUCCCCCUCAAAGAGCAGUGAACGCACCACCCCCCGCCCACACUCCCCACCUCCACCCUCACACUCGGACAACAGUGAACACACUCACUCGAGCAAGAGACAGAGAGAGGGAGGGACUAGAAGGUGUCAAGGGAUGGAUGGAUGGAUGUGGCGGAUGGAUGGAUGGAUGGAUGGAUGGAUGGAUGGAUGGAUGGAUGGAUGGAUGGAUGGAUGGAUGGAUGGAUGGAUGGAUGGGGUGAAUGAGUGGAGAUACAACAAGUGGGAAAUAUUGCAUGUGGUUGAGAUGGAGAGAGGCAGAGAUCCACAACCACUCAAGGAGGUGAAGAGGUGUAGAGGUGGAAGAGGAAAUAAAUAUAUAUAUUUUGUGUCAUGAUCUUAUUUUUCAUGAGGAAAAUAAGAGAAAAGCAAGUGGUAAGAGUUGAAUAUCGCUAACUUUAAAGAGUAUCAAGAAUGUGAGAACCUGAAGGUGCUUAAUACUGUGUACAGAAUGUACAGACUGGUGGACAUGCAUACGAGGGACUCUAGCGAGUGUUGCUGUGCACGGGUGUUGGGGUGUACAAAUUACGUAGUGUGUGUGUGUGUGUGUGUGUGUGUGUGUGUGUGCGUGCGUGUGUGUGCAUGUGUGUGUGCGUGCGUGUCUGUUUGUUCACCCUUUUUCCUCCCUUAUACAUAUCCUUCUUCUGUGAUUUUGGCACCUUCACGUUUUACAUCCAACCUAGUUGGACCCAAGCCUCGCUCUCAAGACAUGAAGACGAAGAUACUUUGGACAUUACAAAUGAAUAUUCGCUUUUUUGUUGUUGUUUUUAAUUUAUCAAUGCUUCUAAGGACUAUUUGAAUUCCGAGGGGAAAAAAAGUGCAAUUAGUACCUGUUCUGAAUCCAUUUUUUUCUGUGUUGUGAUGUGUGUUUGUGUGUCAGAGAAAAAAAAAAACUAAGAUAUUUUUCGGUACAGCCUGCGCACGGAUACGACCAGACGUUUUAAACUAGCAAAGCCACCGUCAUCUGCGUCAAUAGCACAAACCGUUACUUCCGACCGUGAGAUACCAUUACUACAGUUGCAACCACGGCAGCAUGUCACUCGGCAACAGCAUGGUACUGUUACCUGGCAGCCGUCACUAGCUACUGUACUUAGCGCUACCCCCAGAGACCCUGUUGCUAUGGAGUGUGCAUGGCCAAGGCAUGUGGCUCAUGUUAUAUUUUGCAUUGAUAAAAUAGAGGUAACAUUAUAGAUUAGGCUUAGGAUGGAUUUACUUUUUUAUUUUGAUUAAGAAUAACAAAAAAACAACUGUCAACAAUCUUACGUUUUAAUUCAAUUCAGUACAUUGUUAUAGACUCAGAGAGUGAAUAUCCUCUUUCCUCAACUGACUUUAACAUUAUGGCAGAUAAUAGUUCCUUUCUAUUUUUUCAACUCUUUUAUUUUCAAUAGACAACGUUUACAGAUUAACAUAGAUCCCACCGUUGUUUUGGAAUUCCAAUUAAGAUUUCUACUUAAGCACUUUUUCCCAACAAGGCGCAAGGUAACGUCUUUUAAAUCGGAGUUGCACAUUUUAUUCACAAGCUCUCAUUCAGCUGUGAUGCCGAGUCAGUCAGACAAAUCAAUCAACCAGUCAGUCUCCACACUCAUCACGCAAAAACAUGUUUGAUUUUCUAGACUACCAAUUCUAUUUCACGUCUUGACUCGGGUGUCUGAGAGAUGAACAAAACUGCCAAGUGGAUUUUAAAUCAAGGGGACAGCCAUUGACAUGGGCUAUCCCUAUUGCCUUUUAUUUUUUUAGAUUUUACCACAUUCAAGGUGUAUUUUGUUUUUCUUUUGUGUGAUAAAAGUUCUUGUGCGUGUGUAUGUACAGUUGUACUGCAUCACUCUAUUACCAUGGUAACAACCAGCCUCUUGUCUCCCGGUAACUAACGCACAGCAUCAGCACCAGACACUGUGUCACCCCCCUCACCCGACCCUCCACCCGUGUUUACACACCUGUCUGCUUAUGUCAGUCCUCUGCAGAGUAAAACUAAGCCACGUGCAGAGAUGGACCGGAACCUCAGUAUGGGCCACACACACACACACACACACACACACACACACACACACACACACACACACACACAUAUAGACAUGUACACAUGCACGGGCCCAGUCAGAUAUGCAAGACACACACACACACACACACACCCAUAAACAUGCACACACUUACAGACACAUACACACACAUGCGCGCGCACACACACACACACACACACACACACACACACACACACACACACACACACACCUAUUCUCAUGACAUGACUGGUGUGUAGUGUGUGGUCUGAGAGAGCUGUACCUACCAGAUAGAGAUCAGUAGACUACCCUGAGCAGGCAGGGGAAAGCUAAAGCAGGAAUGGGACUAACAAGACACAUACAGUGACAGGUUCACACGCCGACAGAGGGGCUCCCAUACUGUACUGUAUAUGAGUGUUUGCUCUUUAGCAAGCUGUUCAGAAUGACCAGCCUGCCUAACCAAGAGAGAGCUGCCUGAUGAACAGUCUUCUAGAAUGUUCUGAUGAACAGUCUUCGAGAUUGUUCUGUGUCAAGUGCAAAGAAAGUAGUCGGAGACAGAGAGAGGGAGUGAGAUAUCAUGUGUGUGUAAUAGAGCGAGAGAGAGAGAAGUGUGUUUGAUUUGUCGUUGUGGAGCCUUCCAGUCUGUGGUGAUGCUUGAGCCUGUUUUAAUCUGAUUUUUAAAAAACAUUUUAAAAAAACCUUACGAGUACCGACGAGGCUUUUAACUUAUUUUCAAGUUUAUCAGUGUUGGAUUUUUUGCUUCAACAAAAACAAACAAACAAGCAAAACUACAUUUCUACAGUGAAACUAUGGCACAUUGUAAGUGGUGGUAGGCUACUGUGCAGUCCAAGGUCAUGGUCAAACGCUAACCUGUUGGCCGCGUCAAUGCUUUGCUAGUUAUGACCCAGGAUGUCGGAACUCAGCCUCUCUCCUGAAGUAUUACCAAAAUGUAAUCUACAAAAAAGAGAAGCAUUAUUUUUGUAUUUUGAAAUGGGGUUGUAAAAAAUGUAAAAUUGUGUACUGAUGAUCAGUGUUGCGAAAGUUGAGCUUGUCUCGCACUUUGAAGACGUUGGUUCUCAACCUUGGUCAUGGGGUUCCCUGGAUACAAAGCAAAAAAUGAAUAGAUAAACAAACCAAAAGAAAAAGUGCUUUCAGCUUUGGCCCACCACAAUGUGAAUGCUCAGUUUUCCACUGAGCCCGAAGAAUAAAUUGCACCCGAUUUCAGAAGUUGUGGAAAUUCAAAAAAAACAAAAACAAUGUGAAGCAAUUCUUUCAAAUUUGUAGUGUUGAGAUGUCAAUGUUUGCUGUGCCAGACAAGGGAACUCCAGUGGUACUUGCGUGAGCACCAGUGACUCAAGGUUCUUUGAACAAAAUACAUCUAGAUGACUAAACACAUUUUAUUGCUGGUGAUUUAGCCACUGUACAAUUGUAACUAAUUCAAUUGUUGAUUUUAUUUAUGUUUUGUAACUAAUCAAAAUAAAAGAUGGUGUAAAAUA